AUGAAGACAAAGACGCCAUUGAAGCAGCUGAAGCUCGCCGUUCCUGCUCAGAAAACCCCCAUUACCUCUUUCCUGACUGCUAGUGGAACUUUCCAUGAUGGAGAUCUACUGUUGAAUCAGAAAGGGUUGCGUCUUAUCUCUGAAGAAAAGGAAUCACGGCCAUCUGACGGUAAGGAACUGGAAUUUGACUUCACACUAGAUGACCUUGAGACCAUCAAAGUAAUUGGAAAAGGCAGUGGUGGUGUGGUACAACUUGUUCGCCAUAAGUGGGUUGGAAGAUUGUUUGCUUUAAAGGUUAUUCAGAUGAAUAUACAAGAGGAUAUUCGAAAACAGAUUGUUCAGGAACUGAAAAUAAAUCAAGCGUCACAGUGUCCACAUGUUGUAGUUUGCUAUCACUCGUUCUAUCACAAUGGAGUUAUAUCACUUGUGUUAGAAUACAUGGAUCGUGGUUCUUUAGCAGAUGUAAUCAAACAAGUUAAAACAAUUCUGGAACCAUAUCUUGCUGUGGUUUGUAAGCAGGUAUUGCAAGGUCUUGUUUAUCUGCACAAUGAAAGGCAUGUAAUACAUAGAGACAUUAAACCAUCCAAUCUGUUAGUUAAUCACAAAGGGGAGGUGAAGAUUACUGAUUUUGGUGUUAGUGCUAUGCUGGCAAGCUCAAUGGGUCAAAGAGAUACAUUUGUUGGAACUUACAAUUACAUGUCGCCAGAAAGAAUCAGUGGGAGUACUUAUGAUUAUAGCAGUGACAUCUGGAGUUUGGGUAUGGUAGUGCUUGAAUGUGCCAUAGGAAGGUUUCCUUAUAUUCAGUCCGAGGAUCAGCAAAACUGGCCUAGUUUUUAUGAGCUUCUGGCAGCAAUUGUGGACAGCCCUCCACCUUCUGCUCCUCCUGAUCAAUUCUCCCCGGAGUUCUGUUCAUUCGUGUCAUCCUGCAUCCAAAAGGAUCCUCGGGAUAGAUCAACAUCCUUGGAGCUUCUGAGUCACCCUUUCAUAAAAAAGUUCGAAGACAAAGAUCUUGAUCUUGGAAUUUUGGUUGGUAGCCUGGAACCUCCUGUAAAUUUUCCCAGAUAACUCUUAUAUUGUAGAGUGUAAAAUUUGUGCUAGACAGCCAUAACUCUUGGUUACAGCAAGGAAAUUCUCAUCAGUUAUGCUAUAUUAGAUACGAGUAUACUGGUACUGGUAUCAUGACAGUUUUCUUAAAGCUGAUAUGUAUAAUAGUUGCUUCUUAUUUGUUGUAUUCAAAGGCUUGAUCAUUUUGUUU